AUGGUCGAUAGCGACAUUGCCUUGGUCGUUCGCUUCUGUGUCAUAUGCAGUACGCUGCUGGUAAUCUGCAUGCCGUUCCUCCUUGUUCGUAAGAUCUACCGAGAAAAAGCUGUUGGCUCCGCGUCCCUCAUUCCUAUCGUUCUUGGGCUUGCCAACUCGCACGUCUGGAUGAUGUACGGGUACUUGGGUCGAAAGUGGCUCCUCAGCUUCCCCCUUUUCCUCUUCGGUGACAUCGUCUCAGUAUGCUACCUCUACAUUUUCUGGCGGUACUCGGACGAUCGACGCCAAGUUGCCCAAACGAUCAGCAUCGUGUUUGCUUGGCUUGCAGUACCAACGUUCUACGUCAUUGUUGGCAGUUUGGGCCUCACCGAUCAGACACGAGCACAGGUCUGGAAAACACACGGCUUGUGUUUCUGCGGCGUGACUGUCGUCAUUAUUCACCUGCUUAUGCUGAAAAAUCUACUGCGUGCAAUCUACCACCGAUCUGCUGCGUCGAUUGUGCCGCGGUCUUUGGCUGUCACUACCAUCGAUACAUGUGGCUGGUUUGCAUUCGGUUUGAUGACUUCGAACUGGAUCAUUGCAGGACCUCAAGUGUUUGUCAUUACACUCCACGUGGCUGCAUGGACUAUCUACGUCGUGUUCACGCACCGGACCAGUCCGAAAAAUGCCAUGUACGUGAUGGAGGAGGGCUCCGUUAUGUCUAUCCUUAGGGUUUUGCCUGAGGUCCAUUCGGACGUGCAUGCUGGUAUGAAGGAGGCACCUACUUCUUUCAGUGUAGAGUAUUGCUCUUUGCGGUCACCACUGCAGAUAACUAAUCAACAUAGCGUGUAG